AUGAAGUGCGAUGGCGUACAGCCAGUCUGCGGCUUCUGUCAGCGGAAUAGGACUGAGUGUAAUUUUGCGCACGAGGAGAACAAGCGCAGACCUCCGAGCAAGAAGUUUGUUGAAUCGCUGCAAGCGAGGAUACGUCACCUCGAAGAGCAGCUAGCAGCAGCCGAGUCUCGAGCAACUGCCGAAGUUCCAUCUUGUGACACCAUCAACGACACCACAGACGUCCAGUCGGAUCUCACUGCGCCCAACGAAGAUGGAGAGGACCCCCUUUCCAACAUCACUGCCCUAGUGGGACGCCUCAACGUCGCAGACGACGGCCAACUCCAUUACUUCGGGUCACAAAGCUCAUACAAUCUCCUCAAAAAGCAUGCCGAUGAUGUGGCCUCUCUGGAGCCGUCUUUGAAAAUGCAAAGACAGGGCUUAGCUGCCGCUGCGCAGCUCGACAAACUCGUCGCCAUCCCCGCUGAGCUUCAGCAGCACCUCCUAGAGCUCUACUGGCAGUGGCAGAAUCCUUGGAACUAUGUGAUCCACAAGGGCGCCUUCAUGAAGAGCUUUAGAGGUGAGGAUGAUGGCCGACACUGUUCUCCUCUUCUGCUGUCCUCCAUCUUCGCUAUUGCCGCUAGAUAUUCGGAUCGAGCCGAACUGCGUUCGAUACCGGAUGAUCCAAGCACGGCUGGUGACGCCUUUUGUGACCAAGCCAAGAUUCUGCUUCUUUAUGAAAGCGAGGCGCCAACCAUCACUACGGUCCAGGCCGCGUGCAUCUUGGCGCUUCGCAUCAUGUCAGAUGGCAAGGAAGCUCUCGGCUGGCUCUAUGCAGGCAAUGCUACGAGAAUGGCUCACAACCUUGGCCUCCAUGUUGAUCUGUCCGAUUGGACGUCCAAUACGCCCAUGUCCCCAGAGGAAGUUGAGGCGAGAAAGGUCACAUGGUGGGGGUGCUAUGUGGUAGACAAUUAUGCUCCAAAUAGCAAGCUUUCGUCCCAUGAAAUGGAGACCAUGAGCCUGCCACCAGCACUCACGGGGGCGAAGACAACGAGCAUGCAGCAGCGUGUAGACAUUCCGCGACAGAAAUCACAAGGCUGCUUCGACUAUACAAGCAGCAUUAUACUCUGGUAUGUCAUCUGCACCACCCGUGGCACCCCAUGA